CAUAGCAACCGGGGCGACAGAGCCAGCAGGUUUUUUAACACUUCAGGAGAGUUUCCGCUGUCUCUUUUGCGUUACAGCCUCCUGGCCUCCCUUUGGACCGCUGCCAUGAGUGGGGCCGUGGUGAAGAAGACCCAGGACACGCUCGGCAAAGUGAUAAAGAAACCGCCUCUCACGGAGAAACUGCUCAGCAAGCCACCGUUUCGGUACCUCCACGACAUCCUCAGUGAGGUAAUCAGGACCACUGGUUUUAUGAAAGGUCUCUAUGGAGAAAAUGAAAUGAAGUCAGAUAAUGUUAAGGAUAAGGACUCCAAGAUAGUCUUCCUCCAGAAAGCGAUAGAUGUCGUGAUGCUGGUGAGUGGCGAGCCCCUGGCGGCAAAGCCAGCACGCAUUGUGGCCGGCCAUGAACCUGAGAAAACCAAUGAGCUGCUGCAGGCCCUGGCCAAGUGCUGCAUCAACAAGAUGUCCAGUGACGAUGCAGUGAAGCGAGUGCUUGCAGGAGAAAAGGUGGACAUAAAGACCAAGGCCAGCACCCCCAGGUCCCAGGACAAGGAAAAUAGGGAGGGACGUGAACGUCAUCUUGAGGAGAAGAAAACCAUUACAGAGCGCAGCGGGAGCCGGGACCAGAAGGACCCAGACCAGCCCAAGGAGCAGGAGAGUCGACGCAGAGAUGGGGAGAAGGAGCCCCAGCGGGACAAGGAGCGCUCGGAGAAGCACCACCGCAGUGAACAGGACCAGCACGCCAAAGACCGGGACAAAGACAAGAGUCGUGACCGGGAGCGAGACAAGGAAAAGGACAAAGGACGAGUCAAAGACAGGGACAAGGAGAAGGACAGAGAGAGGGACCGAGAGAGGGAAAAAGACAAGGAGAGAGACAAAGGCCGAGACAAGACGAGAGAAUCUCGCGGAGAACGGGAAAGAGACAAGGAAAAACGAAGAGACAGAGACAAAGAGAGAGAGCGACACAAAGAGCGGGAAGAGAGGAACAAAAGUGGAGAGAGCAGCAACAGCAAGGUCAAAGUAUCAGAGGAACCACAGCAAAAAGCCAGCCCUGAGCCGAGCAAACCAGCCAAACCUGUGCCAGCGCCUGCCGAAGCAGUUGAGAACCCGUCUGAUAGUCCAGCUAGAAUACCCCGGCCUUCAUCUGCCAAAGGGCAGAGGCGGAGACCCAAAAUUGGAGGUCAAGAUGAAUCUGACAGUGAUGGAGACGGAGAUGCUAUGUUAGCCCAGAGGCCUGCCCUCCAGGAAAAUGGAGACCCUGCAGGCUCCUCAGUGCCAUCCGACAUGACCUCCAGCAACAGGCGAAUACCACGGCCCGGCAGUGCUCGCCCAGCACCUCCCCGAAUCAAGAAACAGGAAAGCUAUUCUGAUGUGACCCCGGCUGAGAGGCUGUCCAGUGCCAAGCCCUCAGCCCCAGUCAUCAUGGAUGGGAAGAGGAUGUCUGAGGACGAGGAGGAUGAAGAUGAGCAAUUUCUCGUGGAGGAGGCGGUCCCUUUGCCCUCAGAUGCUCCUGAGAUGGAGGUGGUGCAAGAACUCGACAGUGAAGCCAAACAUGGUGGCCUUGUGAAAAAAAUCCUCGAGACCAAGAAAGACUAUGAAUUGUCCCCAUCCUCCCCCAAAUCUAAAGAGCAGAACGUGGUGUCCGAAGCGGCAAAGAAGAAAGAGCGGGACAUGGUGACGCGGGAGAUAGAGCGCCUCCGUUCAUCCAUCCAGACGGUGUGCCGCAGCACCCUGCCCCUGGGUAAGAUCAUGGACUACAUACAGGAGGACAUGGACGCCAUGCAGGCUGAACUGCACACCUGGCGGCGGGAGAACAAAGAGCACGUGCAGGCCUUGCUGCAGGAGCAGAGAGAGACAGACAGAGCGGUGGAGCCACUUAAGUCAGAACUGGUUGAGCUGGAGCAGCUGAUCAAGGACCAGCAGGACAAGAUUUGUGCCGUAAGGUCCAACAUACUGAAGAAUGAGGAGAAGAUCCAGAAGAUGGUGACAGGAAUCAACUUCUCCUCCAGGACCUGAAGUGAGAAAAAAGGUCUACAAAGAAAAACCUUUACUAAAGAAAUGCACUGAAUAUUUAGGGAUGUACAGUGUCUCAUUCAGAAUAAUGGUAAGACCAUUUUUUUUAACUUGGAGACGAUGUGGGAUGGAACGAAACACUGCACUUUGAGGGGUUUGUCAGAAAAGGAGAUGGACCCAAACAUAUCAGACAGGAGUUGGCAAAUAAGAGCUCCAUAUGAUGGCUUGGAGGUCUGACUCUACUCUGACUCACAGAUGCAUAAAUUCAUUGUUAAGAAAAUAUAUCUUCCUGCUCUGCACGCUAACCUUACCCAUCCUUAACCCAUUUUCUGUAAUGGUGCCUUCAUGGAAUGAGCAAGUGCACAGUUCAUGACUUGGAAGUUAGACUUAAUAGUUGCAUUUAAUACUGGGUGAGUUCAUCAAAAGCCCUACAUAUUCCAAAAUAUACAAUAAUUAACAUGAAAGUUUGAUUUGAUCUACAACGGAGCAAUUCCUGGACCUAAUUUUAAAACCUAUAUUCUUGUUUAUUUUUUGUAUUUUUAAUAACUUAGCAACAAAAGUGUGGCACAUUGUGGUUGGUUUUGUUUCAUUGCCUCACUUCUCAUUUUUCCUGUCUGUGGGGAAUUUGAACUUUGUAAGCAGUCUUUUUGAUCUAGUUCGUGCUGUUUCCAAGAUGAUUAUUACAUCUGCUAUAGUGCUAUUGGACUAGCUAUACAUAAGUAAUUAAAUAUUCCUGUGUUCAAAUACAUUUUCUAGGGCUUGCAUGGAGAAAUCUAGGACUUGCGUGGAGAGUCCUGAUGGUCUAAUUGAUUGAAAUGAAUGUUACAUGAUGUGGUGUCCUUUUACAUGGGGACCUUUUACAUGUCAUACUGAACUCUGCUUUUCCUUCCAAACAUUUGUCUUCAAGCUUCCUUCUUCCUCAAGCUACCCUUCCUAAAAAACAAUAUAUAUAUUGUAAAAACAAAAACAAUAUUCAGAUAGUCGCCAUUGUGGAGAUCCCUCCGCUCUAUUUCAACUGUAGGAUUUGCCAAAUUGUUUCUUUUUGGGUGGAGGGAGACAAUGUUUGGUGAGAUGGCAACUUUUUGUGUAAAAUUGUAUUCAUAUUCUUUAUAAAUAAUAAGAAAAAAAAUAAUACCAUAAUAUCUUACUAGCUCCUUUUGUGAUUUAAAGAAAUGUGCUUUACAGAUGUAGCUAAUAUGAAAAUAUGAAGCAAUACUAGGCUGAUUAUUGCAGUAGGAGACUGAAUAGUAGAGACUGUCCCAGUUUUCCUUAAAAUUCCAAUAAUGUGGGAAUGAAAUGAAAAUAGCGAAACAAAAUUAGACUAGUCAGCCGUGGUUCCUUGCAUAGUGGCCUAUCUCACUCUGAGAAUGCAGUUAACAUAUUUAAGUAGUACCAAUGUCAUUGUACAUUGAUGUUAUUACUUGCACAAGUGUGGUUGCUACCUCUAGUUCUACUGCAGAUAUCGACUGCCAGUGUUUACACAACAACACUUGGUUGGACUGAUGAAUGUAAUUCAUUAUUGAAACAAAUGUUGUUUUUUUAUUCACAAAGCAAACUGUUCCUGAUGUGACAACCAUACAUACAUUAGCUAGACUCUCUUUUUUUCUGCACAGACCUCCAAAACAUCUGUCCAAACACAGGUUUACACUUCCACUGCACUUGUCAGACCUACAGGUUCCAAAUAGGAUUGGUGGCACAACAUCUCAGUACCGCUAGAAAAUGUGACUCUGGCAGAACAGACAGCAUGUACCGGUAGUUGCGAGUGGGAAGAAAUGUUCAUGGGCAUCAAAAGCUACAGGAAACAAAGCAAAGUUACACUGAUGUAUCUAUCAAAAACUGCAUUUCUUCAGUGGUAAUUUUAAUUCUAUUCAUUUGCCUGAUCUUUUUGAGAGCCAUUCACUAGGAGGAUUCAAAUGUUAGUACUCUCAUUUAGUCAGAGUUUACUUCUAUUUCAUAUCAGUAUUAUAUUUAGUCCACAAAAUAUAAUCAAAUAACCUAUUGAAAUGUCCAAAAACUUAUGGAAAGUGAGAACCUCAUAUGUCUUAUUUGAAAAGGACAAUGUAAACUACUUGUAUCAUAAUCUUUGUUUCUCUUUAAACUGUACAUUAUGUAUAUGUGGAGAUUGUAUCAUAGUUCAAAUAAUUAUAUAAUUUUGUA